AGUCUCAUUUCUGGGACUGUUCUCCCAGGCACUGCAGUAGCAAUGGUGCCUGUCCUGCUGUCCCUGCCUCUCCUUCUGGGUCCUGCAGUCUUUCAGGAGACUGGGUCUUAUUCUCUGACCUUCCUCUACACCGGGUUGUCCAGACCCAGCAAAGGCUUUCCGAGGUUUCAAGCCACCGCUUUUCUCAAUGAUCAGGCCUUCUUCCACUACAAUAGCAACAGUGGGAAGGCGGAGCCUGUGGGACCAUGGAGCCAGGUGGAAGGAAUGGAGGACUGGGAGAAGGAAAGCCAGCUUCAGAGGGCCAGGGAGGAGAUCUUCCUCGCGACCCUGAAAGACAUCAUGGACCAUUACAAGGACAGUACAGGGUCUCACACCUUUCAGGGAAUGUUUGGUUGUGAGAUCACAAACAACAGAAGUAGUGGAGCAGUCUGGAGGUAUGCCUACGAUGGAGAGGAUUUCAUCGAAUUCAACAAAGAAAUCCCAGCCUGGAUCCCCUUAGACCCAGCAGCUGCAAACACCAAGCUAAAGUGGGAGGCGGAAAAGGUCUACGUGCAGAGAGCCAAGGCAUACCUAGAGGAGGAGUGUCCUGAAAUGCUGAAGAGGUACCUGAGCUACAGUAGAUCUCACCUGGACCGAACAGAUCCUCCCACUGUGACCAUCACCAGCCGUGUGGCCCCAGGAAGAAACAGAAUAUUCAGAUGUCUGGCCUAUGGCUUCUACCCACAAGGAAUUAGUCUGCACUGGAACCGGGCCAGCAAGAAGCUGGCAUCUGAUCCAGAAAGAGGUGUUUUUCCCAAUGGAAAUGGCACUUACCUCUCCUGGGCGGAGGUGGAAGUCUCCCCACAGGACAGAGACCCCUUCUUCUGCCUCAUAGAACACAAGGGGCUAUCCCAAUCUCUCUCAGUGCAGUGGGAUGAGACAAGAAAAGUAAAGGCUGAAAAUAAUCUUGUAGCUCAGCCUCAGUAAGUUACCUCUCUGCCUGACAUGAGAGAGUUGAACUUCAGAAGUCAAUGUCACCAACAAGGUCUUCCAAGGGCCGCUAUACAACAACCAGCAAGAAUCCAAGGAAGAGGCAUGGGCACAGAAGGCUUGAAUGCCACACACUUGAUGCCAUGUUCACUCUCAACAUCAAAUCAAUCACCUUGCCUUGUCCAACUCCUCCUUGAUUAAUCUGUAAACCCUCACAAUUUCCCUCAAGCCUAGUACAGCCCAGAAAGGCAUCUUAAACUCUCAGAUGCUACAGAAGUGUGAGUUUAUUUUAUCAUGUAUCCUGCCCCCACACACUUGAUUCAUGUGAACAUCUUCAUAUUCACUCAAAGAUGUUGUCCUAGUUUCAUUUCUGGAGCCGUGAGAAAAUACCCCAAACAAAAGCAACUUCAAAAGAGAAGAGAUUUGUCAGACCUA